UGAAAAGUCUCUUUGAAUAAGGUAGGUAAUUGUGGCAUUGAAGAAAUUUUUAGGAUUCAUUGUUCUCAUUGUCAAUUCUUUAACUACAAUGCAAUCGUCGCUACUGCGAUCCCUGUUAUUUGUUCCUGGCAAUAGCGAGAAAAUGUUGCAAAAAGCACUUCAAGCUCACGCUGAUGCUUUGGUUCCUGAUUUGGAGGACUCGGUCCCGAAGGAAGAAAAGGUUACCGCUCGUAACCUUGUUUCCAAAGUGCUACCUUCUAUGAGGGCGCAGAUACACAAAAGGAUUCAGAUUAUUCCUCGGGUGAACUCGUUUUAUACUCAGUGGUUUGAAGAAGACUUAAAAGCGGUCCUGCAACCAGGAGUCUCAGCCGUGACCAUCGGAAAGGUGGAAACGGCUGAAGAAAUGAAAGAAAUCGUAAAAGCAGUAGCAGAAAAAGAAAAAGAAGCUAGUUUGCCUCCUAACUCCGUAAAAGUAAUUCCGUGGUUGGAGACGGCAAAGGGUAUUGCCUAUGCCCGCGAGAUUUGUGCCUGUGGAUCAAGAUUAGUCGCGAUAGCUUUUGGAGCGGAGGACUUCACCGCGGAUAUGCAAAUCGAAAGGACAGCCUCUGGAAAAGAGUUUUAUCACGCACGCAAUUGGAUUUCCAUCGCGGCUAGAGCUUCAAAACUUCUUGCGUUAGACUCGCCUUGGCCCCAUUUUAAGGAUUUGAACGGACUGGAGGAGGAUUGCCGUAUUGCUAAAGCUAUGGGUUAUAAAGGAAAGUUUUCGAUUCAUCCUGCAAACAUUGAUACUAUUAAUCAACAAUUUUCACCCUCUAUGAAGGAAGUUGAGCUUGCCAAAAAGAUCGUUGAAGCAUUUGAAGCUGCUAGAAAGGCAGGUAGAGGAUCGACUUCAGUUGAUGGGACAAUGGUGGACGAACCUGUAUAUAGAAGGGCAAAAGCUGUUAUUGAACAAGAAAGUCUUUUACAGGACGCAAACAAUGCCAGUAGCUUGUAAGUUUGUCUAUAGAAAGUUUAAAACGUAUUUCAGUUCCCAUAGAAUCA